AUGGCGAAUCCGGAAUUUGAUAAUGACACCGAGAGGCAUCCCGACCAAGAGGCUGAAGCCCAGCAAGAUGAUGUGAUCGGAAGCUCUACAGCCGCCGAUGAUCACAAAAGAAGCAUGUCCAUCGCCUCAUCUGCAUAUGCCGCUGAGCAAAUGUCACUUCUCCAUGAAUGCGUCUUCAUUGCAACGAUAUGCACGGCUCAAUUCACGACACAAGUGGGUUUAACCCAAACACUGGGCAUUCUUCAUCAGAUUGGUGACACCUUCGGUGUCACUAAUCCCGGGGUCUUGUCUUGGUUCAUCGCUGGAUAUAGCUUGACGGCGGGGACCUUUAUCAUCGUGGCCGGCCGGAUUGGGGAUCUCUUUGGGUACAAAAAGGUAUUCCUAAUUGGCAUGAUAUGGUUCUCUCUCUGGACAAUGGUUGCAGGACUCAGUGUCUAUUCGAACCAGUAUCUUUUUAUUUUCGCCAGAGUACUCCAGGGACUGGGCCCCGCCGCCUUGUUACCCAAUGGCCUUGCCCUUUUAGGGGUCUCAUAUCCCGCCGGGCCAAGGAAGAACAUGGCGUUUGCGUUAUUCGGUGCCUGCGCGCCAGGUGGAGGGGUCUUUGGCUUUGUCUUCUCCGGCCUCUUCACGCUGGCUUGGUGGCCGUGGACAUUCUGGAGUUUCGCUAUCGCGCUGGCACUUUUAGCUGCCUUCAGCGCCCUCGUCAUCCCAGCUCACACCCGCUCGCGAGACCAAGAUAAGACGCUCAGAGAAAAGCUCCAAAUGCUCGAUAUACCUGGAGCCAUCACCGGUGUCGCAGCGCUGGUACUGUUCAAUUUCGCAUGGAAUCAAGGUCCGGCGUACGGCUGGCAACAGGCAUAUAUCUAUGUCACACUCAUUCUCGGCGUCCUAUUCGCAAUCUGCUUCUUUUUCGUCGAAUCUCGGUGGGCUAAGAUGCCGCUAGUACCCUUUCACGUCUUCACAGGUGAUAUUUUGUUUGUGGUUGCCUGCAUCGCCUGUGGCUGGAGCUGCUUUGGGAUCUGGAUCUAUUACUUGACACAAUUUGUCGAGGUACUGAGGGGCGGCUCACCGUUGCUCAUGGCCGCGUACAUCUGCCCCGUUGCUGUCUCAGGCGCGGUCGCAUCCGUGGCUACUGGCUUCUUGCUUCAUCAUAUUCGCGCGGCUUGGGUCAUGACAUUCUCCCUAACCUGUUUCAUGGUGGGGACCAUCCUGGUGGCGACGGCACCAAUACAUCGAACGUACUGGGCCCAGUUGUUUGUCUGCAUGCUGAUCAUCCCCUUCGGUAUGGAUACGUCAUUUCCUGCAGCGACGGUCAUUUUUUCCAACGCUGUGAAGAAGCAGCAUCAGGGUAUGGGGGCAGCCUUGGUGGCUACGGUCGUCAAUUAUAGUAUCUCGCUUGGAUUGGGAUUUGCGGGCACCAUUGAGGUGCAUGUUAACCACGGUGGCAAAACACCUGCUGAUAUCCUGCUUGGGUAUCGUGGUGCUUGGUAUUUCGGCAUUGGAUUGACUGUGCUGGGCAUUGUCUUGAGUUUGACUUUUGUAGCAAAGGGAUACUGGCAUGAUAAAAAAGAGCGACGAAAGUCAGAGCCAGGGCUUUGA